GCAGUGAUUAUUAUUUAUUGGGAAUUUUAGCGGUACUCUUGUUGCGAAAGUAUUUGACUUUGAAGUUUAAACUGUGAAAUACUGCAGAAUAGGAACUUCAGAAAAUUUUCCAAGAAAAUUUUUAAGCCGAUGAUCCUGAAAGACCGACCGUGCUGAAAAGUCACAAGUGUCUCAUAUGCUGCGAAUCUUGUGAACUGUGAUGGCGCAUUGUUUGUUUAUUUUAUUUUUAUCACCGCAGCUAUGCGCUACUUGUAUGAGUGCAUUAUAAGCCUACGGUGUUUGUGCAAACCUGUGUGAUACUAAUGACUGCGAUAAAGUUUACAAAAUUUAAUCAGAUGGCUCGCCAUAUGCCAUAUGGUUCAUGCCUCCAAGGACUCGUUAUCUGGAAGUGGCGUCAGGUUUUGACGCCUCCGUCCGUUCCCAUCCUCCUGUGAAAAACCACUACAUGAUAGAGAUGUCAGAUAUUUAGUGAAUUUCUGGAUUGAACUGGUGCGCAGUAGUUGAAUUUAACUGAACGACCCAAUAUCAACGGUAUUAUUUUUCACGAAAUGUUUAUUUAUGUGUCUCGUCGUGGAUUUCGGUUGUGGAUUUAAUUUGUUGUUAAUUGAAUUCAUGGCGUUAUGGAGACUGCGAAGCUGUUAGGUGGAUCGCUUGUUGUCGUCGUCGUGCUGUUGAUAUUAGAAAUCUCUGGAUUCAGUCUGUUUGGAUUUUUUUGGUUGGUCCUGUGUACAAUCCCUCCAUUUCUGCUUGGUGCUACAUAUAUUGCAUCCUUGUACAGCAAAGCGUAUCUAAAGCGCAACCCUUUCCAACUGCGGGCUUUCCGGUAUGAGCAGUUUUUCUCGGAUCGUUUCUGGCAGAAAUGCUCGUCCUCCCGACAGAAGCCGCCGAAACUGGAUCGACGGUUAACGGGCAGUAGCGCUGUGGAUGAGCAGCUGCAAGAAUUGCUCAACUUCAUCUUCCGCGAUUAUUUACUGGCGUGGUACAAAAUGUUUUUCAAGAAUGACGAGGAAUUUCCGUUUCUGCUACGAAGUGAACUGCACAAUUUUAUUGUGGAUUUCUCCGCCCUCUGCAAGGAUAUCAACUGGUUGCAGUUUUGUACAGAAGAAUUAAUCCAAAUAUUUGCCACACACGUGCGACUGUUUAGAAUAGCUAGUCGUACCAAAGAUCCUGAAUACACGAUAGAGCAGAUCUUUUUCCAGCUGGAGGAGAAAGAGUUCGGGUAUUCGAGAGAAGCCGUAUGUAUAGAUCUGGUCACAGAAAAAGAUUAUUUUCUCCAGUUAAGUCACCAACUCGUAUAUAUGCACGGAAGUCACCGAAGCUUUGAAUGUCUUCCAUACCGGGAGCUGGCCAAAGAAGUGUUAGCCACUCAAGUUUUCCAGUCGUUGCUCAAAACAUUUUGUGAUCCGGAUUACAUCAACCAGACGAUAAUAUGGCUGUUUUGCACUGCUGAAAACAUCGGCAUCAACAACGAGUGUUUUGUGCAAGUUCUGCGAGCGUCGCCUAAUCUGAGUGAACUGAAAGUGCUGGAAGGAAUGCUCAUUACGGAAAUCGCGAUACAGCGUGCCAACGAUACUGGAGGCAGUGCGAGUGAAGAAACAAAAGCCAAACUGAAUAGUCUACUGUACAUCAAGCAGCUGUUAGAUCACCGGGUGCGUUUAGUAGCCAGUGGCGCCGACGACAAUCGCUCGCAGUAUUCCCUGGAUGCCGCGACAACGUAUAACGAUUUCGCUCGCAUGGUGCCGGUUAAACGGCCCAGUCUGGAAGAAGUCUUGGAUAAUUCCAUAGCUCUGAGCUUUUUCAUGAACUAUAUGGAAACCAAGAACGGAACGCCAUUAAUUCAUUUUUACUUGACUUGUGCUGGAUUUCAGGCCUCUGCAGAACAGUUGCUGGAGGAGUACAAAAGCACCGGAACACAGAAUAAGCUCGAAUUACUUCGGAAUCAAGGCUUGAACAUAAUUUCUCAUUAUUUUUCCAACCAAACGCAGUAUCAAAUCAGCAUGGAGGAUGAAAUUCUGCUGAAGCGUGCCCGAAAAAUGCUCAUUCAGGAGGUUCCGUCGGCGUAUGCGUUUAAAGAAAUGCAGGAUAAAAUCUACAAAAUUAUCCGCGAAAACUAUUUUCCGGCUUUCGAGCAGUCGGAUCGCUAUAUGAAAAUGCUUUUAGAACUGAAUCUGCUUCGUCCUAUGGAAGAAAGUGAUAAUUCUUCUGAAACCAAAGAUCACCAAGGAAAGCCGCGCUUAUCAGCCAGUAUUACCUCCACUAUGGAGUCCAGGGAUCCGCAGACUCGUAAAUCGUUCACCAAUUACUUAAUCGAAGUGACCGCGCAGUAUCCUGAUGGGAAAGGGAAAGUGUGGACAACUUGUCGGCGUUAUAUGGAAUUCCAUGAUCUGCACGUGCAGAUUGAAAGGCUGUUCCCAAAUUUAAGUGGCCUGAAUUUCCCCGGAAAGAAGCUCAAUAACAUGACCAAUGAAGUGUUGUCGAGAAGGAAAACAGAGCUCCAUCUGUAUCUGCAGACGUUGCUCUUUGAAGAUGUUUUGAAAAAUAAUGAAGGUUUAGCAGAGAUAAUGGAAACCUUUCUGCGACAAGAAAAGUACGAGAUGACUCGGAACGGAGUUGAACGGCGACUGGACACAAUGGUUUUACCUGUCAUAACUUCUGUUCGCUCCAUGACAAACGCAGUCUUAGCCAUGCCACAGAAUGUGGCACGUCUCUCGGACACGAUCCGCGAUGGCUUCCUUAAAGUUCUCAACCUUGAUUCUAUUGAUUCCGGUGCCCAGAAUGGUGCUUUUUUCGACAGUGAAAUCAACGAGAACAUUCCUUUAAGAAUUAUGAUGACUUUAAUGGACGAGAUUUUCGAUCUCAAAUCGACUACACAGUUUUGGCUGCGCAGUCAAGUGAUAACAAUUUUAAAAGGGACCAUGAAAGCAGUGUACGGGGAUAAAAUUAACAGGAUGAUUGUGGAUUAUGUGGACGAGCUGACGUCGACUAAAGAGAUCGCCAAGGCUUUGUCGGCCAUGAAGAAUGCUCUCUGGCCUGGAGGAAUACCUCGUGAACCGGCGCAGCCCCGCGAUGAACGCAAUAAGUAUGCCGCACGGGUGUGUGCAAAAUCCGUAUUGCUGACCAUGAUGACCGAGCAUCUGAGCGCGACGUUGGGCAGUCAGACGACCAAACGAGGUGCCUUGAGAUUCUUCGACUUAUUGCAGAAUACCGCACUGAAUCGCCGGUUAUUUUAUGUGAUUUUAGAAAGUAUUUUGUCCACAUUGUAUGAAAAGUAUCCUAUGAAAAAGUGGUUUGUGUCGUUCCAUUCCAGUCAAAAGCUACCCAAACGCUCUUCCGCUUCAACAUAGUCUGGCAACUUUGAUUUGACUUGUGAAACAUUUCAGAAAUGGUGAUGUGUUAGUAAAAUCUUGACUGUUCGCAGUGCGCGAUCUCGAAUUAUUGGUGAUAAUAGCUGAUGAUUACUG